AGCCGAAGUGGCGAUGGGGGUGUGGCUAAAGGAUGUAUGGAAAGUCGUGGGGACCGGAGAUAGCCGAAGUGGACGAGGACCGGGUUUGGGCGGGGGAGAAAAACAAGGAACUGAGACGAUCCGGAAGGAGCCGAAGGCGGCGUCCGAGUUAUGGAUGAAACAACACUGGGUGAGAACUUAGACCACAUGGAGGACAGGACCUCGUCCUUUCAAGCUGUGGUCUCCAGCUGGUGCCAUCUCUGAAGCUUCUGCAGGCCAUUCCAGAAUUCUAGACGGCCAUCUGCUUUUAGGUUGUCAAAUGGUUCCAAUGCGGACAGUAUUGCUCCCUCCAGAGCGUUUUGGAAGUUUGCAGGGACUUUUUUGGACAUCACAAUAAUGAAGGCUUGUUACUGGUGCUGGAAAACAGGGAUCUGCAACAUGACCUUGGGAGAGAGAGCAAGGGAGGAGCAGAGGGAAAGGGAGAGAGAGAAUUCCAAGCAGGCUCCAUGCCCCUCGAGGACUGGAUGCAGGAAUUGAUCCCAGGAUCCUGAAAUAGUGACCCCAGCACUUCACAAAGUUUCUAUUUAUAUUUAUGUGGCUGUUUUAUCUCUCCCACUGGAUUAUGACUGUCCUUAAAAGCAGAGGCUGCGGGCCUCCCGGGUGCUUCUUGUCGGCAUGAAAGGACUCGGGGCUGAAAUUGCCAAGAAUCUCAUUCUGGCAGGAGUGAAAGGACUGACCAUGUUGGAUCCUGAACAGGUAUCUCCAGAAGACCCCGGGGCUCAGUUCUUGAUCCGUACUGGAUCUGUUGGCCGCAACAGGGCUGAAGCCUCUUUGGAACGGGCCCAGAAUCUCAACCCCAUGGUGGACGUGAAGGUGGACACUGAGAAUAUAGAAAAGAAGCCGGAGUCAUUUUUCACUCAGUUUGAUGCUGUUUGCCUGACUUGCUGUUCCAGGGAUGUCAUAAUCAAAGUUGACCAGAUCUGCCACAAAAAUAGCAUCAAGUUUUUUACAGGAGAUGUUUUUGGCUACCAUGGAUACACAUUUGCUAAUCUUGGAGAACAUGAAUUCGUAGAGGAGAAAACCAAAGUUGCCAAAGUUAGCCAAGGGGUUGAAGACGGACCUGAUACCAAGAGAACAAAGCUUGAUUCAUCUGAAACUACUAUGGUCAAAAAGAAGGUGGUCUUUUGCUCCGUUAAGGACGCACUGGAAGUGGACUGGAGAAGUGAUAAGGCGAAGGCAUCUCUGAAGCGCACAACCUCGGAUUACUUUCUCCUUCAAGUGCUCCUGAAGUUCCGCACAGAUAAAGGAAGAGAUCCUAGUUCUGAUACCUUCGGGGAAGAUUCUGAGUUGCUGCUCCAGAUUCGAAACGACGUGCUUGACUCCCUGGGUGUUAGUCCUGACCUGCUUCCCGAAGACUUUGUCAGGUGUUCUCUCUGCCGCCUCUCAGCAGAAACCACUUUCCAUUGUCCAGGCCCUUGUGCGCUCAGGCGCUUCCGCUGCCCUGUACUGCUUCUCCGAGAUGGCCCCAGUGUGUGCAGUGGUUGGAGGAAUCUUGGCCCAGGAAAUUGUGAAGGCCCUGUCUCAGAGGGACCCUCCUCACAACAACUUCUUCUUUUUUGAUGGCAUGAAGGGCAGUGGGAUUGUGGAGUGCCUCGGCCCCAAGUGAACCCAAGACUUGGCUAUCCUGGAGAUACUGACCUGCAGCCUGACCGCACGUGUGCCCUGUCCCCUCCCCCUGACGAAGGCUGCUCCAAGUGCGGGGGAAGUGAGGCCACUGGACUAGUACAAAUCAUUUCCCGCGAGCAAUGAGCUUGUCCAGAUGUGCGAUUUCCAUGCACCAGCAGCUGCUCAGCAAGGGGCUUAGGAACCGGUGUCUCCAUCCCACACCGUCGAGGGCUUCAUGCCAGCGUCACCUGUACACCCCCUCUGACGCAUCCCCCUGUCCUGGGGCCACCACAGCAUCACCAGUCCUUUGAGCUUCUGCAGGAGACGCCUGCCAGGGACAGGCACACCUUGUUGCUUGGGAUCCUCUCGCCACCUCCGUGGACUCAUUCCCUGCCUUAUGUCGUGCGGAGAAGAGCAUGACUCCAGGUGGGGAACGAGGCCGAGCCGGGUGAAACUCUAGUGGAGCCGCAGUUCCACGUGCAGACAGGUGCCCCAGAGAGGGAAAGACAGGGCAAGUGGAAUGUGUUUCCUCCAGAGUUUGAGAUCCUGAAAAACAACAGGUGGCCUCUGGUGUGCUGUUCUUAAGUUUUAGUUCAGGAUUAGUUGGGUUUUAGCCUGGAUUUUGGAAGAGAGGAAAUGUUACCAGAGUUCCCUUGGGCAUUAGGGCGAGACCUUGCAAAGUGAGUAUUAGCGGGAAGACUUGUUUUAAAAAGGCAGAUUCCAGGGUGUCACCUCCUGAGGAUUCUGAGGUAUCGGGGCCCCAGCUAGGACAUAGGAGCCUGUCUUACCAGAGCCCUGUCCACCCCCCAUCCCUGAUGCAACUCAGAUCGUCCUGGAGCCCGUUGCUUUCGAGGGCUGUGUCAGUCCUUCCUUUACCCCCCAAAUUGCAGCUUUGUGUUUUGUUUUGUUUUUUUAUAUUUUCUACGUUUCCUUGGUUCUUUAAGAAGGAAUGAUAGAAAUAAAGUUAUUUGCUUUAGGA